UCUUUGUUUGUAUGUGGUGCUGAGAAUCGAACCCGGGCCGCAUGCAUGCCAGGCAAGCACGCUACCGCUUGAGCCACAUCCUCAGCCCUGUGGUGAUGUUUUUAAAGGGUUUGCUUGUUUGUUUUUUUAAGUUGUUGAUGAAUUUUUAUUCUAUUUAUUUAUUUAUAUGCGGUGCUGAGGAUUGAACCCAGUGCCUCACACAGAUGAGGCAAGCACUCUACCACUGACUCACAACCCCAGCCUGUCACAAGGGUUUUAAAUAUCCAGUCCAGACUAGAUGAGCUGUGGGUCAGUUUCUUCCACUGUCUAGUCUGGGUCUUCCUUUCACUAACACAUCACAGAUCAACUCCAAGCAGUUGCUUCCCCUCAAGACAGCAGCAGGUCCCAGGAAAACUGAGAGACCAGCCAGGGAGCAUGGGCCUGAUUUGUCUUUCUCCUGGCCUUCUUGGAGUCAUGUCUAGGUAUGUGCAUACAGUUCAGAGACAACCACAGAUUUUUCUUUCAAUUUCUUCAAUUUUCAGAUGCCAUGGCCUAUAGAACCUCCAUCCUCUGCUUUAAGUCAAUAAACCUGUAGUGUCCUAUUUGAUGUCUAAAUGACUAGAGAGAGCCCCCACAGCAAAAGCAGCUCUCCUUUCAAGUACUCACUCCCUUCCUAAUUUUUGCCCCUCUCUGAUGCCUUCAGACAACUGUUUUUCCUAUUUUAUCCACAUUUCAUUAUGAAUAGAUUCUGUGAUUAUUGGAAGUAAUUGGAAGUUAAUUUUGAACCUAUAAUUGUAUCUCCUGCUCAAAAAGUAAACUGCUAUUAAAAAUGAAGCAUUAAGACCUACUGUAAAUGCAGAUGGUUCCAACGUUCAAGUCAGAGGAUGCUUUUUAAGUCAAAUGUACUCAUCUAGACAGAACGUGGCUGUAGGCCCCGCCCCUCCUCCCUCCCCUCGGGCGUGUCUGUUCCCAUGGCUACACGGCGCCAGGCCGGGUCAACCCGGCCACUAAGCUGAAGGCGGAGGCGGUGGCAGUGAAGACAUGAGCGGGGUGGGGGUGGCGGCUGGGGCGCGGCCCCUCAGCUCGACGACCCCUGGCUCCCGGGCUACAUCGCGCCCACGCCAGCGCCCGCUCGCGGGCCUCCAGUACCAGGUACCUCAUCCCACACAGCUCGGGCUCAGCGAGGCACAGAAGCGGGUCCUGGACCUGGAGAAGAGCCUGCAGUUCCUGCAGCAGCAGCAUUCGGAGACGCUGGUCAAACUCCAUGAGGAGAUCGAGCACUUGAAGCGGGAGAAUAAGGAUCUCCACUACAAGCUAAUAAUGAAUCAGAAGCCACAGAAGAAAGGCAGCAUGUCCACAUCAAGCUUUCAGUCCAACAAGUCCAUCUCCAAUUCAACAGUGUCAGCCAACUCUCAAAGCAAGGCAAGGCCCCAGCCCAGCUCCAAGAGGCAAGAGUCGAAAGCUGAUGCCCCCCAGAAGAUGGACCUGGAAGAGGAGCCAUUCAGUGCUGCCCUAUUUCACAGCAGCAAGCUGGACAGAGUCCCUGGGGUGCAGGGGCAGGCCAAAGACGAGGAUGCGGAGAACUCUAAUUCAGGGGCCACCUUUGUGGGGGUCACCCAGCACAAGGGCAGGCAGGUGACAGGAGCAGCUCCCUUGAUGAGCCUGCCUCCACACCUGCGCAAGCCCACUACAGUACAGCAGUGCGAGGUAGUCAUCCGGCAGCUGUGGAACGCCAACCUCCUACAGGCACAAGAGGUGAGGCCUGGGCAGGGCAUGGCCUGGCACCUCUACAGGCCCUACCUUGUACCCCACCAUGCCUCUCUUCUCUUUCAGCUGCAGCAUCUCAAGUCCCUUCUGGAAGGGAACCAAAGGCCAAAAGCUGCCCCUGAGGAGGCUGGGCCUGGCUCUAUAAAGGACCAGGAGGCCACUCAGUUCCCCAAGGUCUCGACCAAGGGCCUCUCAAAGAAAUGCUUGAUUCUGAGCCCAAUGCCUGCAGCAGAGCGUGGUAUCCUGCCCGCACUUAAACAGAGCCUUAAGAGUAAUUUUGCGGAGCGGCAGAAAAGGCUGCAGGUGGUGCAAAGCCGGCGCCUGCACCGCUCAGUUCUCUGAGCCCAGUGCCCACAGCUGGAGGCUAGCUCUCUGUGCAGCAGUUCAUAUGCUUUCUACUACUUUUAAGCCACGAUGUAUUCCAAGACUGGGGAAACCCAUGACAGAUAAAGUACUUGAUCUCAGAAUUGAGAAACUGUUUAUUUUCUAGCUAUUAUUUUGCUAUUCUGCAUUAAAACAAAACCAAAUUAUGAAAUAAAUAUUAUGCUACCUGUUGAAGACUGAAAAUAAAACUUGUUUCUCCAA